UGUAAAUCUCUUGCGGUUAUCGUCGUUUCGACGGCCUGCAAUUUUUUAUUACGAUAGAAUCGUUUGUUUCCCAGUUUAGAAAACUUUACGGCGGUUCUGCCAAAUUUCGCGUAUUUUCGCGUAAUUUUCCGUACGAUAAUGUUGGCGGAAUGACGCAAUCGCACGUGCUUCCCGUUUCCAUGUAAACAAAGUCGUCAUUUCCGGGAUGUCUUCGCUCCAAAAUGGCGAACAGCUGUUUCUUGCGGUGGACGUUGGUGCUAAUACUCUCCGUCGUUAACCCCGCCUGCACCGCUCUAGUUUAUGUGCCAUCAGAUGCUUACCAAGAAAGCCUGCUGAGACCCUUUCAUUCUUAUCGGGAUGUUGUUAUAUUUCAUUUCUCUGUUCCGACUCAGACUAUUAGAGCCAUAUGGCAGUUUGUGGCAUUUAUGGAUGAUCCAUCUUGUGCUUCACGUAAUGUACAUAUAUAUCUUCGGUACGGCAGCUAUCCUGUGAUAUCUCCCGACAAUGCUUCUUUUCCAGAAAAUAUGCUUAUACCUAUGGAACAUUUAUAUUCUUUAGAAACGAUAUCUCAUUUUCAGCCUAGGGAAAUGUCAGAAUUUCAUCUAAUGAAUCCAUUGCCAGGAAGUUGGUAUGCUGUGGCAUUUAUUCCUGACUGGAAUCAUGAAAUUAAACAACAGGGAAUUAGUCAUAAAUGUCGCUACAGUUUGGGCAGUAUGGCAUCUUGGAAUCGUCGAACAGAUAUUCAUCUUUUGAAUCCUGGCGUCACCUUGAAUAUUUUGCCCAUAUCUGUUAUAUCUUUAUUCAAGUGGUCAAUCAACUGACUGAAAAUGUUAGAAGUUUAAAUAAAAUGACUGCGUCUUAAAAG